AUGGCCACAGCAGUGCUGCAACCCUCCGAUGUCGGCGAUGUCGGCCUGGAAGGUCCGGAGGAGGUCGAGCAUGUCGAGCAUGUCGAGCAGGAACGGGUCCUGGGUGCGUCGACUGCAGAUCAGGUCCUGGAAAGAUGGCACGGUUUCAUGGCCGAAACUUCCAAGCUGUUGAAGUCGUUGGAACCUCCGGCGUGGCGAUAUCGUUUGCCGUUGUCAAGGCUCACAGUGACCACUCCUACUACAUCACAGGUGGAUUGGAGCAACCAACUGGGCUUAUCUUUCAGCCCAACAGGUCGUGUAGUCUACUCCUUGAGUGCCUCAGUGGAACAAGCGCGCAGCUGCUUAGCGCAGGCCCCGCAGAUUUACGACGCCUUGGGCGUUUUCGGUGAAGCCUUGGGUCCAGAGAUGCCGGAGGAGGAUUCCCUACAGACGCCCUCGUCCUUGCUGAUUGAACUGGCGGAGUUGAUCCCCACUCUGAGCAAAGCUCGUCAGCUGCUGCGACGGGCUGAUGCAGUGGCUGGGAACAUUCUGAUGCAACUGGCAAAGACCCAGGCAAUGCCGAUCCCAGGUUUAGCGAAGCAACCGCUGCGUUUGGUGCUGGACGUGCUGGGAGAGCUGCUGUCGAUUUCCGUGAAAUGUGAUGGCCUCGUCCUGGAGAAUUCGCGGCUACGGCGCGCCUACACAUCCUUCAAGUGGAUCGUAGAGAAGGCCUCUACCUCGAACGCCGGCAGCGGCGGGCAGCUCCCGGAGCUGGGGGAAAAUGGCACGGCGCUGCUGCGAGAACUGCAGGAAGCCACACCGCUGCUCCGCGGGGAUGCCUUUCAGGGCUGCCUGGCAAAUGUUUCUGCUUCGUUGGCGUCGUUGAAGAAUGAACUCGGAACCGCUGGCAUCAGUGCCUUCCGAGAGCAUUUGAUCACCUACUUCCGUGGCCGCAUGGAAGAGUCAGAGAUCAGGGGUCAGGUCGCCAUAUCUCAGCUCUGGCUGCCGGGCGAGUCUUUGCUCUGCUGGAUUUGUUGUUUCGUGUGUUCCGUGCGCAGCUUCGGUCGUGGCCGCGAGGAGGCCAAACUCAUGCAGGAGCUUUGGAAGAUGCACAAGAAAGCUCCUGUGGUGGUUCUGUUCGGCCGCGUCGUUUGGUGCAUCGGCGACUUUUUCAAAUCCUAUCUUCCAGAGGUCAUCGCAGAUGCCAAGCUUUCGAGGGACCUGGAUGAGUUGCGCCAGCUGCGGCUGAGCCAAGCGAAGCAGUUGGAUGAGAAGGGCUUCGCUCAGGAGAUCUGCGGUUACCAAAAGCGAGCUGCAGCCUGGAUUGCCUCUUUGCCAAAACAGAAGUUGGAAGGCGUUGCCGUCAGCGAUGCUUUGGCCUCUGCAUACAGUGUCAUCUUUGAAGGUCUGACCUUGGCACUACGCAUCAGGAUGUCGUUGGAGGAGUACUUGGUGCUUCACGUUCGCGAAGGUGUCGCUGUGCCGCGCAGCUCCUUGAGUGCCGUGGCCCUGGGAUUUCAGCUGCUGAAGAUCAUCGAAGCAGCGCCGACGCUGCGGCUCCAAGAGCUGGGAGAUUUUCUGCAGCGACAUAGCGCACUGAGACUGCAGAAGGAGCUGCAGGAGGUCCGAUCCAAGUUGAAGCGCGGUGCCAGCGAGGCGCCGGGUGAAGCCUUACGGCUUUGCGCCUGUGCUCUGCAACGAAUCCUCAAAAGUUCCAAGGAAAUGGACUGUUACUUUGAUGUCGGUGGCAUUGCCUUGGCGUUGUGUUGCUCUGGACGCUCAGAGCCUGCCAACUCGGGAGUGCUCGGCCGCUGGAGGGAGCUGCAAAUCAUUUGUCAUUGGCAAGACCAGUUGUCGAGGUUAUGCGAUACAACUUGGUGCUACUGGCUUCGGGACUUGCUUCCCACCUUGCUGUCGGACAUGCAACGUGUGCAAUCCUUACCGCCCUUGUUUUCAGCCUUUGCUCAGCCAUUGCAGCGCUUGCCCAUGGGAAGAGCAAGACAAGAAUUUCUGAAAGAACUGCGACUGGCACUGGAGGAUGGCAUCAUCCAACCGAUUUGUGCAAAGCUGGAAGAAGAUUUACGACUUUUAGUCCAUGCCACCAUGCAGGGGACCAGACAAGCUCUGCCACUGUCACCACCAGAAGAUGCCUUGGCGUUUCUUCGCUUGCGGCCUUUGAGGCUCACAGAGUCGGAUGUGGUUGACAUCAAGGAUCAGGUGGAGCUGCGCUUGAGUCGACACUUCUAUGACUUGGCCGCGCUAGCACCACAGGAUGCUGAAGCCUACGUUCGGAUGCGAGAACAGGCUUCUCAUCGUUACGGACUGAACCUCGUGCAUGGAGGUCUUCCAGCGGGAUCCUUGGCACAGGGCUUGGAUGUCAUCGACGUGAUGCGUAACGUGCACCUGCUGGCCACACAGUACUGCUACAGCCUUCACCAGCAGUUCUUUACCCAGGCUGCACACGGCGAUGCCAAAAUUCGUACCAUUACCGUGGAGCACCUCACAGCAUCCAUUCGGGUCCACGGCUACGGUGUCAUUAACACUGCAGUCAACUACAGCGUGGGUUUCCUGAAGAAGAAGUUGGAGGUCGUGGCCGAAUUCCUUGCAGAUGAGUCCGUGAAGUCUCGGUUGCUGGCAGAGCAGCAAUGGAUGGAGGGUCGCCCAGCCUACACGUGGGCGCGGGCAGUCGAGACAGCUCGCUUCGUCCGACGUCUUGGUGCAGGCAGAGAUGGCGUUACGUUCUUGGACAAGUUGCGGCAGGUUCUGACGCAGAUCGGAAACAGCUUGGGUUAUGUGCGGAUGGUGAGGACUGCUGGCAUGCGAAGCAUGGCUGACGGCCUGGAAUAUUUGGAGGGCACGCCGUGGCUGGGCGCGGCAGAGGCCGCGGAGGAUUUGGUCCAGGCCGCUGAGGCCGGCGGCAGCACUGCCUCGGUGCAGGCCGCGCGCCUGGCCGAACUCGGCGCACGUAGCGUGCGGCGCUGCUUCGAGGCCAGCACGGACCACUUGAAUCUCUUGGCGGAUGUCUUUGUGAAAGCGUUGUCAAGGACCAAUGUAGGAGUUGGCAGUGCUCAUUCCACCCAACUCUUUCACCUUUUGUUACCUUCGUUGUGCUGUGCCUUUUUGGAUUCUUUGUUAUUGGGUCGCGACUGCCUCGCCAAGCGAGCGGUAGCGAACACCGGCGUCAAGGGCGAUGCUGUGCUGCAAGACGACGGCUUCGCGGUGGGUGUGGCCUUUGUGCUGCGCGUCUUCGGACUGAACCGCGACUUCCAAUCGUUGCAUUGGUUCCAGACCGAGAUCAACGACAUUGAUAUGACCACUGGACAAGCUCGGGCUGCAGCAGGCUUACCCUUCUUCACUGACUCCAAUCAGUCGAAGACCGAAGCUGAUCGUCGUGGAAAACUCCUGGCCGAGUUGGCGCAAUUAGCUGCGUCUCUGGAGGCAGCAGGUGCCCUCUUCGGCAGCACAGCACGUGUGCCCGUGCAACCCGUGCCUGCAGAGCCAAUGAGCUCCGAGGCGGAAGCACAGGAGCAUCAGGUGGUGCAGAGCCUCAUCCGAGAAGCUGCUGAAGCCUACUGUCGAUCUCAGGCCAAGUGGUUGCUCUUAUGGCGCCGUCCUGAUUUGGAGGAAUAUCUCGGGGUGAAGCCUGUGCCAAUCUCUUUGGAGCCCAGGAAUGAUGACUUGGAAAGUGAGGACCCAGCAUUAAGCCUGGAAGAUGUUCCAGAUGAGGAGUCCGAGGACAGCGCCGGCAGCUGGUGGGAGCCUCCUCCCAAGGAGCGGCCUGAGCCUUUGAUGCCGCGGCCGCGCCAAGGUCUCGCCACAAAGGGCCCAGGUGGUGUGCGUGGAAAUCUGCUGCCGAAUCGGAAGUUCAAAAACCUGUCUUCUCCCACCAUCCUACAGAAAUCGCAGGAGCUAGGACAGCUUUCAUUGCUUGGUGAGAAGGAACCACAGUCCCGACUGCUUCAGGUGUACAACCUCGUGGGCUCUUUGUAUUGCGAGCACGUGGUCCCGCUUUACUUCCCCGUUCGAAAGCGCGAACCCUACUCUUUGGCAGCCUUUGCUCGGAGUUUGGUGGAUGGCUUCAGCCGUUCAUCUUCCUUCUAUCGCAUUAGUUGGCCAGAGUCCAUCACGCUCUUCUUCAUGACGGAAUCAGGGAUCAUCAAGGAUUGGAAUCCGCGGAUGUCUGGCCUUGUGGCAAGACUCAUGGAGGCGGGCCUCCAGCACCUUUGUCUGAAAAACUUGCAGCGACUGCUGGAACUUUUCGAAUUUUAUGCCAAGCUCACUGCAGAUUGCCGUGAGGGCAGAACCCAGCUGACCUACAUGCCACCUCCGGUGUAUCUGCGCAUGGCAUCGAUGAACUACGAACAGCAUCCCCUGUUUUACAUCCAGGUGACCGUCGAGCGGCACGCGAGUGGCGACAAAAACCCCGAAGCGACUGGAGCGAACAGUUUCAUCCCAUCUUUGGAGCUGGCCAUCGAGUCCGCUUUCGCCUCUGCUGACACCAAGAGCCUGGAUGUGAUCCUACGACGGAAGAAGUUCAACGACGUUGCCGGGCAGCCUGUCCCGUCUCAGCAGAAGGUCAUGCACAUGGCGCAACGUUGGAAGUUGGACACUGCGAAGAUGGCCCGGGGCCCAGGUGUGGACGAGCUGUUGAUGACACCACCAACCAGACGACAGGACAUCAAGGUGCUCUUCCAAGAUGCUGCAGGGCAACUGGUCAGGGACCUCAGCGGCGCAGUUCUUUCCAUGGCUGCGCUGGCCUGCGAAGUGAAGUUGACGGCCCAUCCCACGGAAUUCCGAGAGGUCCUAGGGGAUCACUUCCGGAAGGUGGUGGAGCUGACUGAGAAGUACAGCACCAUCGAUGGAUCCCUGCAACAGGAUGGAGAGGUGAAACAGCAAUACCUGGCCAGUCUCAGUGGGUUGCCCCAGCAGUGCGCAGAAUCACAGGAAACAAGCUCGAUGCAAAAAGUGGACCAGGAAGGCUACGAAGAGCAGAUUACCAGCUGUUUUUUUGAUCCAUAUGAGGUUGUGUACGAGGUUCACCAGUACCAAGCAUUGCUGCAGCGUUUUAGUCACCAGGAGGAACAACUGAAGAAGAUGCCCGGGCUCUGA